AUGGCGACUUUGUCGAAAUUGAACUUGUUUGUUUCCGGCUUCGUCGGGGCGAUAGCUUUCGUUAUGGCUUGGAAUUGGCAUUGGCUCUGGGAUAAAUACAGUGUUGAAGUGGUCUCGGUCGAAGAAGAACCAGUCAAAUUACAGGAUGAAGAAGAGGAGAAAGAAGAAAGCGAGUAUUCAGACGAGCAAGAUGAAGAAGAUGAAAUCCGCUCAAGCAUCAACAACGUUUUCAACAUGAUCCAACAAUAUCUCAAAUUCAACAAAAUCGACACAGUAACUCAGCUCCUCCGUCAUGUUCUCCACUUGACUGGGAUCAAAGAACAACUGACGGAGAUUGUGAAGCCAAGAAGAGUUGAAAUCAUUUUAAACUGCAUCACGCAUGUGAAUCAACUUGUUAGCUCGCUGGCGAUCGCCAUUUUGAAGAACAUCGCCAGCUGCAAAGCCGGCCAAGAAUCCGCAUCCUUUAUUGUUCCGAAAGUCGUCGACAUCGCAAAUGACAUCCUGGUCAAUUCCCUCGAAUCAAACGAAAAAUUGAAGCGACUAACCGAAUGCUUGGCGAAUUUCUCGGCGAACUACAGUCCUCAUACUGAAGCCUCUUACACUUCCUUUUUCAACGCGGUUUCGAAAUCAAAUUUGCUGGAUGAUCACGAGUUCUUUGGCGAGUCAUUGAUGAAAGUGGUGGUGAAUUUGAGCGAACGCGAUCUCGGUCAGAAGGUUUUAAUCAAACCGGAGCUCGAUGACACGAUGAAAAGGGUGGAAAGAAUGCUCAAGUGGAAACAAGGAGGAAAGGACAGUCAGAUUAGAUGCUUGAUUGCGAUUAACAACAUGCUCAGCGAGACUGAUUUUCAAUUGAAAAGCCAAGAAUCCCUCGAUGUGAUUUUGGAGUAUUCAAAUUCGCUCCACGUGGACGAAGAAGUAGUGAAACGAUCGUCUGACAUUCUCUUCAAGCUAGAAGACCAAAAACAGCCUCAUGAAAGCUAG